CUGCUUGAGUUACAUUUAUGAUUAUGUUUUUCAGAGAAGAUGGAGCAUGUGUAUAAAAAUGGCCGACAGUCAAUAGCCGUUGCACCGAUGUGAAGAGGUUAAAACAUUGACCGAGCAAAUUUCCCAUUGACUGAGCAAAUUUCCAUCAGGAAAGCAAACACUGAUACAAAAGAGAGGGUAAACAUUUAUUGCUUAGAUAUUUUAACUGCUAAUCAAGUAUAUUACUGUUAAUUAUCAGCUCAUUACAGAAAUGAUGGAGACCAAUUCCACCACCAUGACUGAAUUCAUCCUCCUUGGACUAACAGACAGGGCUGAACUCAAGAGUGCUCUGUUUGCAGUGUUCCUGAUCAUGUAUUUGAUCAUAGUGGUAGGGAACCUAGGCAUGAUCACAUUAAUCAAAGUUGACCCCCGGCUACACACCCCUAUGUACUUCUUCCUCAGCCACUUGGCUUUCCUGGACUUCUCUUACUCUUCGGCCAUCAUGCCCAAGGCACUGAUCAACCUUUUAGUUGAGAACAAAACCAUCUCAUUUAGUGGCUGUGCAGCCCAGAUGUACAGCUUCAUUGCAUUUGGGACAACUGAGUGCUUCCUUCUGGCUGCGAUGGCCUACGAUCGGUAUGUGGCCAUCUGUAAACCCUUGCUGUAUAAUGUCAUAAUGUCCCGCCAGCUCUGCCUACAGCUCCUUAUUGGUUCUUAUAUUUGUGGUUUUGCGAUUUCAAUGAUACACACAGGCUGUGCCUUUCGGCUCUCCUUCUGUCACUCCAAUGUCAUCCAUCAUUUUUUCUGUGAUGUGAUACCACUCCUCAACAUCUCCUGUACGGACACCAGAGUAAAUGAGAUCAUUCUUUUUGCCUUCUGUAUCUUUAAUGGGGUUUUCAUCACACUGGAAAUAUGUAUUUCUUAUAUCUAUAUUUUCUCUGCCAUCUUGAAAAUCCACUCCUCUGAAGGCCGGCAUAAAGCCUUCUCCACUUGCACUUCACACUUGAUUGUUGUUGCCAUGUUCUUUGGAACAGCUGUCUUUAUGUACAUGCGGCCUAGUUCAGCUUCCUCACCAGACAAAGACAGGGUUGUGUCAGUAUUUUAUACUGUGGUGAAUCCCAUGUUGAACCCCUUGAUCUACAGCCUGAGGAACAAGGAGGUGAAGAAUGCCUUGCGAAGAGUGUUCAACAGAAAAACACAUUUCUCAGUACAGAUACAUUCUAAAAAGCAGAAAAUGAUUGAAGGAAAUCACACAAGAGUGAAUGAGUUUGUCCUCUUGGGAUUAGUGGAUAGUCCUCAAAUGAAGCUGGUGUGCUUUGCUGUGAUAUUAGCAAUGUAUUUGGUUGCCUUGGCAGGGAAUCUUGGAAUGAUCAUGUUAAUCAGAAUUGACCCUCAACUCCAGAACCCCAUGUAUUUCUUCCUCAGCCAUUUGUCCAUCUUAGAUUUUGGAUAUUCCUCAGCCAUUGCCCCUAAGAUGCUGGAGAACUUUUUGGUGGAAGAGAGAACCAUUUCCUACAGAGAUUGUGCUGUGCAGAUGUAUUUCUUUGUCUUCUGUGCAAGUACUGAGUGCAUACUCUUGGCCGCAAUGGCAUAUGACCGGUAUGUUGCAAUCUGCAAUCCUCUCUUGUACAUGGUGGUGAUGUCCCCAAAAACGUGUGCUCUGAUGGUGGCCGGCUCCUACCUUGUUGGCUUUGUGAAUGCAAUGACACAAACCAUCUCCACCUUUUCCCUCUCUUUUUGUAACUCCAAUGUCAUCAAUCAUUUCUUCUGUGAUGUGCCCCCUUUGCUAGCUCUUUCCUGCACUGACACAAGCACCAACGAAAUGGUGCUGUUUGUAUUUGCCACGGUUCUGGGAAUAUUCACAUCAGCAGAAAUUAUGGUGUCAUACAUAUUCAUCCUCUGUGAAGUCUUGCAGAUGCAUUCCACUAGUGGGAAGCAAAAGGCUUUUUCAACAUGUGCUUCACACUUGGGGGCGGUCAUCAUUUUUUAUGGGACAACAGUUUUCAUGUACCUGCGACCAAGCUCAAGCUACUCCAUGAAUCAGGACAAAUGGGCCUCAGUGUUUUAUACUGUAGUGAUUCCCAUGCUGAACCCUUUGAUCUACAGCAUGAGGAACAAGGAAGUGAAAAAUGCCCUGAGGAGAUUCCACAUUUGGGAGACAGUCUGUUUGAGAGACAUAAACAAUUCAUAAAUGCUGGCACCGCAGAGCUAUUUUAUCCAAAGUGCAAUCCACUACACUAAGGGCUCCUCUAAAUAGGCAAAUGUGAAGUGAGGUGGCUGGAGGUUUUGGUAUUUGUUGUUGUUUUUAUUUAUUCUUCACACACGUCCCAAACCAAUAUUCAAUAUAGGUUACAAAAUAAAACAAACACAAUAUAGCUAAAAAAUACAGAUGAUCAGAGUUAAAGUGAGAUCAAACUAUUAACAAGAAUGAAAACAAUUUAAAGCAAAUAACUAAAAUGUUAAAUAGCACUUAUAUUUCUUAUGUUUUUUAAUGUAUCCAAAAAAUUGACUAAACUUUGUUGUCGUGUGCUGUCAAGUCAUUUCUGACUUACAACAAUUCCAGGAUGACCUAUCACAGGAUUUUCUUGGCAAGAUUUGUUCAGAGGUGGCUUGUCUGUGCCCUGCUUUGAGGCUGAAGGACUACACCAUGCUAGCUCUGUCUCAAACUAUUUGAAGUGAUUUUUUGUUUUGUUUUAAUUUUAAGACAUAUUGAAAUAAAAAGUCCCCUCUAUUUCUCUCUUUUUAAAGAAUUAUAGUGCUUCAAUUAAAAUGGUAAUAUAACACCAUAGCUCUAAGGGUGGAGGAUUCAGGAAGGAGAAAUGUGUCAUUUAGUCCAUAGCACUGUUUGGAAACCAUAUGAAAAGCCUUCGUGCAGAUCCAAUAUAUUGCUACAAACAUCUCCCCCAAGUGGACACAUGGACUGAGAACAAACAGAUCCACAGGCAACAACAACCAGCCAGACACAGCAAUACUGUGAGAACUCACACUUUUUUAAAUCUGUAUUGUUUUAAAAUGUUGUGAGUCGCUUUGGUUCUCACUUAGGGAGAAAAGCAGGAUAUAAAUAAAGAUGAUGAUGAUGAUGAUGAUGAUGAGACCAAUAUGAUAGAGAACCCUAAAAGAGUUUACAGUCAUUGAGAAUCUGAAAUAAAUUAUAUUAAAAUGUAUUCUGUUUAUGUGCUGUUAUGCCCAAAAUGUUCAAUCAAAUAAUGUAGCAUGAAUAGCUUUUUAACCUAUAUCUUAAAAACUCCAUGACAUAAAAACUUCUGAAAUGUAAUUGCUUUGAGUAUCUGAGAUUAGAAAUACAGUAAAGGGUUUAGAUUUUUGGAUUUAUUAAUGUUUUUAUUUUAUAUUGCCUUUAAAGCUAAUUUUGCAGGAUAACAUGCUGUAGAUAAAUAAACAGAGGUAAGAACAUUGUUUCUAGACAGCACCCAACAUAAUAAAGACAUGUGGCUGCCAUGGCUAUUUACUAGUGCCCACUUUAUCUUGCAGCAGAAAAGAUCAUUUUGCUGAGAUAAUGAUCCAUGUUGUGAUCUCUGAGGCCCCUCUACACAGCUGUAUAAAAUCCACAUUAUCCACUUUGAACUGGAUUAUACAGCAGUGGAGAGUAAGAUAGUCCAGUUCAAAUCAGAUAAUGUGGAUUUUCUGUUUUGAUAACCUGGAUUAUCUAGCAAUGUAGAAGGGGGCCUGAGAAAAGAAAGAUUUCUUCAACACCAAGCAGGGAGAAUCAAUUCUUACUCAUCAGGGAUCAGAGCUAAGGACAACAAAAAAGCACUGAAACAUUAAAACCCUAAAAGCGAAGGUUAUUUAAACCUGUUCUACAAUGAAGUGUGGAAAUGAUAGGAAAAUUUAUGUACUGAUUUUUAUUCUGUAUCUUCCUUAUGAGCAGAUGCACCUGGAGUUGAACUGUGCUUUGUGCACCUGAAAGCUAUUGCACUGCAAUGUCCUGUUGAAUAGAAAUGUAUCUGAGCUGUGCUUUAUAUGCCUUACAACCCAUUGUACUAGAGAUUACUUCUGUACAGAUAUGUCCAGGACUGAGCUAUGCUUUGCAUGCCUGGAAUUUG